CUAUCAAAUUUGAGUACGUGUACUCUCCCCCCCCCUUCCCUUACAGGCAAAAAUGUUGUUCAUCAGUUGUCAGUAAGCUUAGAAGAUAUGUAUAAUGGUGCAACGAGAAAACUGGCCUUGCAAAAGAAUGUGAUCUGUGACAAAUGUGAAGGUCGUGGGGGUAAGAAGGGUGCGGUAGAAUGCUGUCCUAAUUGCAGAGGCACAGGCAUGCAAAUCAGAAUUCACCAGAUUGGUCCAGGAAUGGUGCAACAGAUCCAGUCCAUGUGUAUGGAGUGUCAGGGGCAUGGGGAGCGUAUCAGCCCCAAGGAUCGGUGCAAGAGCUGCACUGGCAGAAAAAUUGUUAGAGAGAAGAAGAUCCUAGAAGUUCACAUUGACAAAGGAAUGAAGGAUGGUCAGAAAAUAACGUUCCAUGGUGAAGGUGACCAAGAGCCAGGACUAGAACCAGGGGACAUAAUUAUUGUCUUGGAUCAAAAAGACCACCCUACAUUUACAAGACGAGGUGAAGACCUUGUUAUGUGCACGGAUAUACAGCUGGUUGAAGCACUAUGUGGAUUUCAAAAACCUGUCACAACACUGGAUAAUAGAACUAUAAUUAUUACUUCUCAUCCUGGCCAGACUGUCAAACAUGGGGAUAUUAAGUGUGUGAUGAAUGAAGGCAUGCCAAUAUACCGUAGACCAUAUGAAAAAGGAUGUCUGAUCAUAGAGUUUAAGGUGAACUUCCCAGGGAGUGGCUUCCUCUCCUCAGAUAAGUUGUCCUUGCUGGAAAAACUGCUACCUGCAAGGCAGGAAGUAGAAGAAACUGAGGAAAUGGAACAAGUGGAUUUAAUGGACUUUGAUCUAACUCAAGAAAGACGACAUUGCUAUAAUAGAGAAGCCUAUGAAGAUGAUGAGCAUCAGCCUAGAGGUGGCGUUCAAUGUCAGACUUCUUAAAAGGGCUAGUGAAUAACCAUUGUGAUGCCAGUUUUGUAUGCAUCAGUAGGCAAGUGAAGGACUACAAGUAGUUAACCCUCACUUCCUGAUACUAUUUUUUAUUGCUGUUACAUUCUGCCAUAGUUCUUCCUAAAAGCAUAAAGAAAUUAAAUUGCUAAUCUGAAAAUUGACUUUGCAAGUUGUAUAAAACUCUAGGAUGCAAGUGCAGAUCAAGUUGAUAACAAAGCCUGCCUGUUGGUCAAGAAAGCUAUCCCAGAUUACUUGUCUAAAUUUGUAAUUCUUGUAUCUGUGUGCAAGUACCUGGGCUUAGUUCUGUAGGGUUCUUGAUGCUCUAGAGUUUAUGCUCUGUUUACUGAAGUAUACACAAGUAUUUCUAAUUCAUGUUAAUAUAUACUUAAGUUUUGUAUUAACUGGAAUAACUUGUUAAGUUUUUUUGGACUUGCACUGCUGUUUGUCAAACAGAACUUGCUCCAUAAUGUAACUGUGUAAUAUGUGAACCUGACAUAAAUUUGGUUAAUUUUUUUACAUGUCCAUUAAACUUGUGUGAUUCACCA